UGUGUGUUAUAUGUAAACAAAGCGCGCGCUCAACUGCUACUGCAUUGCAAAACGACUGCUCUGCGACCGAGAGACCCACUUCGUGUAACGGCUUUCAAUUUCGUUCAACCUGUGCCGACGACAACUGCGACCUCGGCUUCGCUUUCAAUUUCGUGUUCGUAACUCUUUGCUGGCCGUUGGACGGCUCAGUCGUGUUUUUGUUGUAGCACCUCGCGCGUGUCUCGCUGUUGUCGUCGUUGUCGCCGCGGCGUCAGGACCAGCAGCAGCAGGACUAAGCACAAGAAGUGUUGUUCCGAGGCUGGUUCCGUUUGCUCGCCUGCCGCGUCGCGUUGCCCAACAACAAAAUACUUAAAAAAUAUUUAAAUCGCAACAAUAAAUUUCUACGUUUUUCUACUCGUACGCAAUGAUAAAAAAAAAUUAAACGAAAUACAAGUUGUUCAAUUCAGUGCAAUUCCAAGUGCAAUUCGCCAAUCCGCAAUUCAGUUUUAAUGCCUUAGAAUAUAGUUUUGUGUAUCAAAUAAAUAAAAAAUAUAAAAACAACAACAUCGCCUUACAACAACAAAUCUAGUUAUUAAUUCGUGUGGCUGCCUAUGCGAGUCCAGUGAAUAAUAAUGCUUCAAUUACAGUGCAAAUCAAGUUUUGCAAGGCUAAUAGUUACUAUUCAUGAAUAAACUAUAUAUACAGCUCUGAAAAUUAAGAAAAAAUUAACUGUAACAUAUGUGAUAUGAACUAUGUAAACUAAAAUAAACUAUAAAACAAAAUGGAAAUAUAUUCUCAAUCAACAUGACAGCAACUUGCAGCGAAGAAAACAAAUCAAAUCGUAUAAUAAAACCAAUUAAAAAACGUAGUUGACCAUUGGAGAACUCCGUUCAAAGCUUUAAAUAUAUUUUCUACUAGUAUAGAAACGGUUAAUAUAGAUGAAAACUAAAACUCAAACGUACCAUAUGUGAUCGAACAUGAAACAUUGAAUAACAGCAAAGGAAUUAGUUAAAAAAAAAAAACAACGACAUUGCCUUCUUUCAUUUACAUGCAAAACGUAAAUUGAAAACGUAGCUUAAAAAAUACUGUAAAACAAAAAGAAACAACCAAUGUAUGUUAAACAAUAGGAUUUAAGAAAAAUCUCGAAUUAAUACCAAUAAUAAUUUUUCUACUAACGCAUUAGCUGUAGUUUAGUUGGGAAAUGCAAAGACUCAGUCGGUCAAUCAAUUAUGGUUACGCGAUAGUGCGCUUACGUUAACGUUACGCGAAAGGCCGAUGUCAAUAUAUAGAAAUCAAUAAAUGUUUAAAGCUUUCAAUGCCAAAAUACAAACGAAAAUGAAAUCACCGACGAAUACGUUGCUGCGUGACGUGAACGCAACGUAACAACACAGUAACGCGUUACGUUACGCUACGUAACGGUUAAACAAUAGACGAAAAACUUAAAAUCGCCCAACAAUCAACUCACGUCAUCGUCAUCUCAACUUGUUGAAACAUCAUCUCGUUACGUGUCGUUACGUCAAGUGCGCGCAUCAUAACGGUAACAGCAGCCUCCAUUCUGGGACAACGUAACAUCAGGUCGCAUAAGUCAUCGAUGGACACAACGACAACGACGUAACGGAGCUAGAAAGUAGAGCCGACCACUUGCGAUUCAACGCAGCACAUCCUCCGCCCGCCACUCAACUGCGCCAGGACCACAACACUGACGCAGUUCCUCAACACCAACUAUACAACAAUAACAGCACAACACUUAGAGAAAAAACAAUAUUUAUACUUAAAUACUCGUUGCUUCUAUAUACAUAUAUAUAUUUCUAUAAUCCUCCUCCUUGUGCCUAAUCGAACGUGCGCUCAUAUUACGUUUUAUUUAUUUCGUACGUUAUUAUGGCUGUGCGCAUAACGUAACCGUUAACGUGACAAUUUGUUACGCAAUUAUGUGUUGGCACAUGCAAAUCGAUUGAUUGACGGAACUUGAACUCGGUAUUGUUAACGUGACUUUUAGUUUUGACGUUUUUAAGCUCCUAAACGUAACCUGUAUCAUCCCAUUGAUUUCGUACUGACGUUGACGUUAAAAAGGCUUACGCAAACACACGUUUUGACAGUUUAAACCCGUACAACAAGCAAAACAACAACAACAAACAAGAUGCAGGCCGCAUUGAUGCUAAGAUCGAAAUCUCGGGUGGCGAGAAGAAGAAAGCUACGAAAAUUAGGUGGAAGACUUGAGUUGCCUAGUAAUGUAGCAACUAAAGAAAUAGCUCCAUUUCCUCGUUAUCCACCUGAGUCAUGGAAAAACACAUACGUGACAACGCCACCGGCGCCACAGCCAGAGCCGCCGCCGCCACCGCCGGAAUGCGCUCAGGGACGGGCCGCCUGGCUGGAGCGGGGCCGCCGCUGCAGCGUACAGGAGCAGCAACAGCAACAGGCCACCUGCCACAGACGCUGGGUGAAGCGCAAUCGAAUACAAGAUGCUUCAUUGGGCGGCUCCUCGGACGAUGAAGAUUUUCUGGGCGUACUACGUGGACCCAGCACCUUUGCGAAUGCCUUUCUCUAUGUGGGCCUGGGGACUGUCGCACUGGGCCUGGUCAUUGCAUUUGUAGGCACCGGCGAGAAAGGAUUUAAAACAGUGGAGCUAAGACUUAUAGGGCCCUCUCUCAUAGGUUUGGGUCUGAUUUGUUGCAUUUUACGCAUUCUCUUCUGCAUCUGCCCAUCACACUGCAUCUCAUCCAGCAAGAAGGCGGGCAAGAAAAAUGCUAACAAAAUCGAUGCGGAUCACACGACUUCCCUGCUGCGCAAUGAAAGCAAGCGGGUUUCCAUAGCUCGUGGACCCUCUAUACAACCAAAGUAUCCUAUUGCCCACAAGCGUAGCCAGAGCAAGAUGCUCAAUGAGGGCAUGGAGGCACUUCGUCAAAUAGCCACGACAUCCCUCUUCAUGCAGAACGAGCAGAAGACGGCCAUAAAUCGUGUUGUGCCUAUUAUCAACGAACCGGAGAACAUGGAUCACAUGGGUGCGGAUGCGCCGCUGGAGAUGAAGAAGCUGCAGACGGCGUUGAAUAUGUGCGAGAUGAGCGAUGAGGAGCAGGAUGACAGCGUCCAAAUUGAACAGCAGCAGCUGCAGCACGUCAAGCGUACAAGAGCAACAACAACAACUGCCGUUACGAGUUGUACCACCAAAGCCACGGGGAAAUCCACAAGCAAAACCACAACAACAAAAACAACAACAACAACCUUGAGCACCGUCAAUGAGCGACCCAACAGCAAAUUGGUACGUCAACGGGUCGCACUGCAGCAGCAGCGACAACAGCAUCAACAGCAACAGCAACAACAGCAACCGGAACAACAACAACAACCACAACCACAAUUGGAGCAAUCACAGUCUUUGUCCUCCUCCUCCACCGUCAAAGACUCGCUGGAUGGCGCUUUAAUUGUGGAGGAGACCUCACUUAUGGACACAGCUGUAGUCCCGCCAACGACGCCGGCAAUGGCCAUGGCCACCGCACUGCCCAGCAGCUGCAGCACCGGUGCCAUUCCCCGGCUUAAAAGCAAUAAUGCAGCAUUUAGCACGCCCUCGCCGCGACCGGGCGUCUCAACGGGCGCCACGCCCAAGACAACGCCCACCACCACCAGCAGCAGCUAUCGUACACGUCUCACUAGUUCUCAGUCGCAACCCACAAGCUACGAUUUGCCGCCGGCGCUGCCGCACACCUAUUCUGCGACAGCAACGGUGCGUGGUCCGCUGGGCAUGACGUUGACCGGUUCCAGUCCCGUGUAUGCCAUGCCUGCCGGCCGCAUGAGCGCGACUGUCGUUCCGCCCACCACAACGACGAUCAGUUUACUGCCGCUGCCGGCGCCGCCAACGGCCACUACAACGUCGACUGCAAGAGCGAGCAUACCUGGCCAGGUGCUAGAGUCGUCGGCAAUGGCCAUCACAAGUCUGAGCAUAUUGCAGCCGUUACCGGCGACGCAGCCUGCGACAGCCUCCGCAAUAACGGCCCCAUCGGCGGCGUUGACCUCCAUAUUUGGCAGCAAAGAGCACAAAUCACAGCUGUCAUCCCCCUGCCUAACGAAGAGCCGUGGUAGCUCGCUGCUGGCCCCGCCACCACAGACUAGCAAACUGGAGCCGGAGCUGGUGCUCAGUCCAGCAAAACUUGGUCAAUAAAUGCGAGAAAGUGGAUACAAUUUUAGUUAGGAUUUCAUGCAGCUACAACCUAUAAUAAAUAUAAAUGAGUGUAUAUGUCUCUGUUCCAUUGA